ACGAGCAAAGAAGAACAGCAACCUCUUCAGGAAGGAAGAACCAAAAUAUUAUCCGGACACGAGCUCGCCUUCCGCUGAAACCAGAAGAAGAUAAUGGCGCUCACCGUAUCCUCCCUCGCCUCCUCCCUCUCCUCUCUUUCCUUCUCCUCCCAGGUCUCUCACAAGCCCACCGCCCUCGCCCUCCCUUGCCCCAAGCCCCUCGCCGUCUCGCUCGCCUCCCGACCCUCCCCCCCUCUCGUCGUCGCCGCCGCCGCCGCCGCCCCGCCGUCGCCGGAGCCCGCGGCCGCGGACCUCCGCAAGUACGUCAAGUCGCGGCUCCCCGGCGGGUUCGCCGCCCAGUCGAUCUUCGGCACCGGGCGCCGGAAGUGCGCCAUCGCCCGGGUCGUUCUGCAGGAGGGCACCGGCAAAGUCAUCAUCAAUUAUCGGGACGCGAAGGAGUACCUUCAGGGCAACCCAUUGUGGCUUCAAUAUGUCAAAAUACCAUUGGUUUCUCUGGGUUAUGAAACCAGUUAUGACGUGUUCGUUAAAGCUCAUGGUGGUGGCCUCUCUGGUCAGGCUCAAGCAAUCUCCUUGGGCAUUGCUCGUGCAUUGCUGAAGGUGAGUGAAGACCACAGAUCGCCUUUGAGAAAGGAAGGACUUUUGACUAGGGACGCGAGAGUAGUUGAAAGGAAGAAAGUUGGUCUCAAGAAAGCUCGUAAAGCUCCUCAAUUUUCCAAGCGUUGAGGUUCGAAAUUUUUUUGUGCGGAUCGCUUGCUGGGACUAUGCUUUGUAUUGAUUAUUCAAAAUCCUGAACUUUAAAUUCAUGUUCACCUGUAAUAUAGCAGCAGUAGCGUUACUUUGUGGAUGCAUUGUCUACUUAGAAGGAUAGUUCAAAUGCUUGGCAGUUGACAGCUUCAAGCCUUCAACACUAGAAAUUUGACGGAGUGGAAACUUUCUGUGUCAUUGAUCCAAUGGUUGAUAUAAAGCUCUCUUUUGUAA